CUAAUCUUAAUUGGAAUUGUGAAGCAGAAUCGAAAAACCUUGAAAUGUUUCCUUAAGCUUUAAAAUUGGCAAUCUUGAGUCAAAUUUACAGGAAGGGCAGACUGUACAACUGUAAAUAGCACUUUAAGUAGGUGUAAAUAGAAUGUACUCAUGUUUAAAGUUUCUUUAUGUUGUCAAAGUGGAGUAAAAUAUUUUAAUGUAAAAACAGUGAAACCAAAUUUACCAUGCAAACAAUGCACUUCAACAUAAGGAAUUUCACCAGAAAAACUUGGCUGCUGAAAGGGAGAAUGCACUGUCUUAAACUUCAAGCAGUUCUGAACCCAGUUCAUUUAAUGUCACUGUAAAUGAAGCUCACAGUUUGCAGCAUAAGCUCCAAGCAAACAUGCAGCUUCAUAGGGAAACUAAAGGUACAGAUAAAGUCAGUAUCAACUGACAACACUCAGAGUUGCAUUGUCACCAAACCAUUUUUAAAUGACCCCGUUUGGUAAGCCCUAGCAAUGCUGUGAUGAGGCCAGGCUGUCGGUGUUUGUAUUCUGUUGUUUUAGUCCUGAAUGCCUAAUGGGAAUCCACUUACAAAGUAAUUGAGUAACCUGUAUCUCCCUUUCACUGUAAACUGAAAACAUUGGUCUGCUCUCAGUUUGGGGGUUGUAGUAUACAGAUGAGCCUUUUGGAAUCUAAAAAUAUGUAACAAAGUUUUCCUAUUCCAUCUUCAUUUUACAUCAAAUUGCAAGAGUUUGGGUUUUGACCAUUAAAAAUUUUACCACACUCCUAAGUGUGCUUCCUGUGGACUUUAUUGAAAAAUAAUGCUACAGUUUCAGGAGUAGAUUGAAGAAACUAUGGCAAAUCAGCGGGAUUACAUUAGCAGACCUAUUUGCAAUGGAAUUUCUGUUCCUGAAAACAAAAUCAAUUCGUUAGUGGCUGAAGGUCAUGGACAACAAAUUUUAAAAGUACUACAAAAGUUCAGAGAACAAAAUAUAUUUUUUGACUUUAAAAUCCUUGUGAAAGAUGAAAUAAUUCCUUGUCAUCGUUGUGUACUGGCAGCGUGCAGUGAUUUUUUCAGAGCCAUGUUUGAAGUUAAUAUGAAAGAACGAGAUGAUGGCAAUGUUACUAUUAGUAAUCUGUCGCCCAAGGCUGUGAAAGCUUUUCUUGAUUAUGCUUAUACAGGAAAAACAGAGAUAACAAAUGAUAACGUGGAAAUGCUCUUCCAACUGUCAUCAUUUCUUCAAGUUUCACUCCUUUCCAAAGCUUGCAGUGACUUUCUAAUAAAAAGUAUUGAUCUAGUGAAUUGCUUACAGUUGCUUUCUCUAUCAGAAAGUUAUGGUUCUGUCCGUUUAUUUGAUCAUGCACUAGAUUUUGUACAGCACCACUUCUCCUUGCUCCUCAGAUCAAGUGAUUUUUUGGAGAUGAAUUUUGAGAUACUACAAAAAUGUCUUGAGGCUGAUGAACUAAAUGUCCCUGAGGAAGAAUCGGUGUUGAAAGCUGUUCUUCAGUGGACCAAACAUAACUUAGAAACACGACAGAAAUACCUGCCUAAUUUGAUGAAAAAAGUGAGACUACACCAGUUACCUGAAAAGACUUUGCAGGAAUUUCUACAUUCUGAAGAACACUUACUUAAGACUGCUAAUUGCUCAGUAAUAAUCGAUGAUGCAGUUAAAAGUGUGCAGAACUUUAGUGGACUGUUUCCAGACGCACGUCCUUCAACAACAGAAAAAUACAUAUUCGUUCAUAAAACUGAUGAAGAUGGAGAAAACAAACAUACGUUCUGCUACAACAUCAAAACAGAUACAUGGAAAGAACUACCACACACACACAUGAUUGAUCUCCCAGGGUCAAGUUUAUCUAGCUAUGGAGAAAAAAUAUUUAUAACUGGAGGAUGCAAAGGGAAUUGUUAUAGGACUGUCAGGCUUCAUAUUGCAGAACCAUUUCAUGAUGCCACUGACCAAACCUGGUGCUACUGUCCAGUCAGCAAUGAAUUCUCCAUAGUGUCAGCUAUGAAAAAACCAAGGACAAUGCACACAUCUGUUGUAACCCUAAACCAGCUGUUUGUGAUAGGUGGAAAGACCAAAGGAGCUCAAGAAACCCGAAGUCUUUUGGACGUAGAAUCCUAUAAUCCUCUUUCCAAAGACUGGAAGUCUGUUAGCCAAUUACCAAGAGGUAUCUACUAUCCAGAAGCAAGUGCAUGUCAGAAUAUAAUUUAUGUCCUUGGCUCAGAAGUAGAGAUUACUGAUGCCUUUAAUCCAUCUCUUGACUGUUUCUUUAAGUACAAUGCUAUGACUGAUCAGUGGUCUGAGCUUGUAGCAGAAUUUGGGCAAUUUUUCCAUGCAACUCUAAUAAAAGCUGUUCCAGUGAACUGUACAUUGUACAUAUGUGACCUCUCCACCUACAAGGUCUACAGUUUUUGCCCAGAAACUUGUGUUUGGAAAGGGGAAGGAUCUUUUGAAUGUGCUGGCUUUAACGCAGGGGCAGUUGGGACAGAAGACAAAAUUUAUAUAUUAGGUGGUGAUUAUGCUCCAGAAGAAAUCACAGAUGAAGUUCAAGUCUACCAUAGCAGUAGGUCUGAGUGGGAGGAAGUUUCACCAAUGCCAAGAGCCUUAACUGAGUUUUAUUGUCAGGUCAUUCAGUUUAAUAAAUAUAGGGACCCCUGGUCAUCUGUACUUACAAUUUGCUCUGGAGAGUUUUGAAACUCCUGAGUCAAAAGAAUCUAAAUGCACAAGCUUUAGAACAGAUUUUUAGGUAUAAAUUUUCAGAUAGAAAAAUAUGUACUGCUUUGAUUAAAUCUUCAAUGUAAGGUGUAUGCUAUAUAGAAUUGCUUUUGGAAGAGUCCAUUAAAUUGUCAUCCAUGCUAGUCAUCAAAUAGAAAGGAUUACUUAAUUUUAUAUGCAAGUCUUCUCUGUAAUUAUCUGAAUAAUUUGCAAAAUGAUACUACUUUUCAAAAAAGCAUAAUAAUGAAGAAUUCAUUAUGUAAUAUGUGCCAUUAUUUCUGUAAUAUUCACAGCUGUCCCAGUAGACAAAUUGCUGAGUGAGAAAAUGGACUGUGAUACUGUUUUCCCAAUGUAACUGAAGUUUAAGAGAAAUCUACAUUAGUGUUGUUUUAUUUAGGGUUUUUUUAAUAUUCAUAAACCUGUAAGAAGAUUUCAUUGUCAGCUUUAUCUUAUCAGAAUGACCUUAGCAUGGGCAAGAGCCAAAGUGACCUUCACAGCAUUAAAACCAGGUAUUUAACUUGAAGAGACUGAUAAUUCCUAUCAUCUUACUUCAGCUCUUCUUUUCUACUAGUUUUUCUCCAUCCUUGUGCCUUAGUACUAGCUGUACUUUCUGUUUGCAUCCCAUUAACUGUGGCAAGACAAACUUUAACAACAUAGUGUAGGAUGGGGUAGAUUUCUGCAGGGUUAAUGGAGUAUCUUUGCCUCAGACAUGCUGUUAGGUAAAGAAAAAAAACACUUCAGGAUGUUUUUUAAGAGAAUUCUUCCAUCUCUGAAUUCUCCAGUGCUACUCACUAAGCAGCCACUAGGCUGCUUACAGCAGCAAGCUGUAAAAUAAAUUUUAGUUACUGCUUUGGUUAACUACAGGAAAAGGCCAUAUCUUGUCAUACAUCAAAUACAAAGUUACAAAAAUAAAUCCCUAUAUUUAAAGUUGAAGUAAAUAGUAUUUCCGAAGUGAAACAAUUCCUUUUUAAAAAACUUCUAUAGAGGUUCAAAUAAAUUAAACCACUUUCAUAUUGUACUUUAUGGUAAUUUUAAGUGUUAAAAUAUUACCAGGUAAACACUACACAUUAUAUCGCUUGAGAAAUCUUCAGUAGCCAUCUAUUAGAAUGUUAAAAUUGUAAUGGACUUUUAGAAUUAAUAUUAGUCUGGGCAUAACUUGUGAAGUAAAUUUGAUCUCAUGCACACAAAGUGUCUGAAAGGAGGACACUGACAUCAAUUAGGUUUCAUAAAUUCAUUCAUAAUCUUCCACAGCCUGAGAAUUUUAUUUCCAGCUACUUGAAUAAUAUAUUGGGAGCCCUUGUGUUCCAUGAAGUAUUGUUUAAGCAGCAAGGUUGUCUUAUUUCAAAAUAAAUGGUUCUAAACAUCUAAGCACAUCUUUUCCAAGUAGUUUAAAAAUAAACAAAACAUAGUGAGGUGUCUAAAAGAUCUUUCACGUGGCUUGAGAUGACUGCAGUAAUUUCAUUAUCACAUCACUACUGCAUGUACUUUUUGCAAAACUCAAGCUCAAUAUUAAUGCUUAUAACUUAUUGCCUAGCAACAUACUUCGGUUUUAAAUAUAAAACAAUGGAAAGCUCAAAUUCUGUAAUUGACUCUCUAAUUUGUUAUCAGAUACCUUUACAAAUUUAGAUAACAUUAAUCAUAAAUAUUUUCAUAUGGAUGUAAAUGAAAGCUAUGCACAUUUGGAGAACAUACUAGUAGAGUGGAACCCUCCCACUCAGUCAUUUAUUGGUAUUAAGGCAUGUAAGUUCUGUAGAAGUAAAUAGCUUGUUAUUAUAGUAUUUCAGGCAACUUCCACAUUUAUUGUCUUCUUAGCAUAGUGAAACUCCAAAUUAUAACUACACUUAGGCAGGUAACCUUUACAAUCACCACACUGAAAUGCAUUUUUAUAUUGGAGCACAACUUCUUUUUUUAGUGCAAAGGUAUUGAAUAGUUUAGGAGACAUGGAGAAUACUAUUCCUGCUUACUGAAACAGUAGGAUAAAAACAAGUAGACAUAUAGGAGAACGUAGUUUUAGCAUUAAUAAGGCUACUCAUGGUAGCAUAGAAAUUUCACUAAUCACUAAUUAUUGCAACUUGUCACUUCAUCAGAAAUAUAAGGCCCAAAUCUCUGCUUUUGUUUUUGUGGGGUUUUUCAUUUACGAGUAUGUAAUUUAUGCAACAAGGCAAGCAACAUAUUAUGCCCAUAGUACAUGGGUAUAAAUAGCUAUGCAAAUUGGAAGAGACAGGAGAAUUGCAAGGUUUUUUUCAUUGCCUCUGUCAUGACCAAAUUGCUGGGUCACAGAAAUAGCAAGUGAGUCAGUAAUUCAGGUGACACUUUUUCCUCGUAAGUUUUUCCUUACAGCAAGUUUUUUUUGGCAGUCUUCCAUCCAGCUGCUUGCUAUAUGUAUAAGCCUCUGGCAUAUGACAAAAGAUAGAGCAAUGACAUAUGCAGUAAAUUACUUAGUAUGUAUAGUGAAACCUGAAGCUGAAUUUGGAAAACAGACAUGCUUCUUUAAUAUUGAAUGCUACAUUUGCACAGGGACUAAUGUCAGUUCCCAGUUUGACAGUUCAUAGAUUUCAAAUGGAGUUGAGCUGUCUUACUCAGUGAUCAAGAAUUAAUGUAGUAGUGUCAGUUACUUUAUACCAUUGCUUACAGAAAAAUAACUGAAAAUAGUAGGAAUUUUCUUCAGUUAUGUAGGUAACCCUGUAUUACAAGUGUCACAGACGAAAAAAAGGUUAUUUGCCACAAUUCUACAUACAGAGAGUUAAAUCUGAAAGCAGAAUUGAGUGCAGACGAAGCCAUGUUAGAAAAUCAUGGCUAAAACCAAGGCUUUAUGAUAGAACUAAGGGCCUAUGCUCCAAAUCCUGUAAUUAAUCGCUAAUGAUGUACGAAAUCUCAGUUGGCUGCACUACUCAGAAGAAUAUGGAUUACUUGCAUGAGUAACUGCUGUAGGUCUGGAUCAAACAGAUUUUUCAGUCUACUUUAUGCAGCUGUUAUGCAAUUUUUUAGAAGUCACAAACUUAGUGCAAAGCAAGUUAUUCUACAUCUUUUCUGACUAUUCGAAGUUCACAGUACUUUAUAAAAAAGUACCUUCCUCUAAAAAUAGUCUAUGACUAGAUUAUUGUCUGUGUUCUCACUGAAAUGUAAGUUUAAAACAUACAAAUUGCAUGUAAAGUUAUAAUCUACAAUUUGCACUUAAACAAUGUAACCAAAACAUUUCUAAUAGUAUUCUAUGUCACAGAACACAUUAUAAGCAUGACCAGUGUAAUAUACAUUAAGAUAAUAUAUAUUGUAUGUUGGGUUUUAAUAUCCAGUAAUUACUAUAUUGGAUAAUCUUAAUUUUUAAAGAAUGCUAUCAAAACAUUAUGGCACUUUGGUAAUGUCACCAUACUGGUUUAGUUGUUAUACUAAAUAUAAAUUAUUCAGGUGUUUAUAUUGAUUAUGUUUGCACAGACCUGAUGGUUAUUAUUUAUGUACUAAUGAAUUUAUUUUCUAUAUUCUAAACAUUUGUCGUAAGUCAGUUUACUGCUGUUAAAAAUUCAUUAUAUUCACAAAUUGGAGUAGAUUUACUGGGUCAGAUUUACUUCUGGUAUUACUCCAUGAAGAAAGCUGUAUAACUCCUCUGGUUAGUAAGGUAUAGGCUACAGAAUGUGCUGUCUGCAGUUUCAAAUAUGUAGUCUGAUUUUAGAUGUUUCUAUGUGUAGGUGACCAACAGGAGGCAGCAUCAGAUCUAUUUUAAUUAAAAUAAACUGAAACCAGGGAUAGAUUUGACAGUAUUUAUAGCCAAACAUUAUGCUUGAUUUACUUUUUUUUCCCCUUCUAACACUCCAUAAAACAUACAGAUCAGUAACAUUUUGCUGCUGCCUGGGCUCUCCUGAUAUGUGGAAAGUACGAUACAUGUUUGCUGAGAUGUUCAUUCUUCUGUGAAAUAAAAGCAUCAAGCAACUGAA